AUGGUGUGUUCCACCUCUUGCUUAGCUACCUCUACGAAUUCAUCUGGAUCGAACUUUGAGCCAGCAUUUAUUCAGUUGGAUGAUGAUGUGGAAUCCACCAAAUGCCUCCAGACACAGAAUCCCCCUUCUCUGGAAGUUGAUUGGUCCGAGGAAGGUCGUUUACCCAAAGCCACCGCCAUGUAUGAAUUUCUGGCUUCGAGAAACGAUGAAAUUAAUCUGGUAUGCAAUGAGAAGGUCGUACUACUUGGAACUGGCGAUGGUGAAGAUUGGGUCAAGGUGAGUACUGAUUGA